CGGCCACGACGGCAUGGCCGUUAGGUCACAGAGUAGCUCGCGGGUCGCAACGGCCCCUCACCCAAACGACAUGCACGAAACGAAACCGUUAACCUCACUCUUCUUCUUCUUCUUCUUCGCUCCCUGCUUCUCUCGCCCUUGGUACAAGUGCUGCGCCUACCCGACGAGGCUUUCCUUUUCUUCUCCCAUUUGCUCACCCAAACCACGUACCCAAACGAGAGCUAGCUCUCCCUUCGCUCUGAUUUGCGUGGUCCAUGGAGCUGAGCAGGUCUAGAAGCUGGGCAUCGGCGACAAGCUAAUGGCGAUUUCGUGCGUGCGUGCAAUGGGUGCGUGACACGUUCAAGUAAUCGAGCUGGAUUAGUUUGCUCAUGGAAGACGAAGGCAGCAGCGAGCUAUAUCUGCUGAGCCGCUUCGCGCCAUCAUCGUCGUCGUCGGGUCAGCUGAGGGGCAGAGAGAGGGCCAUGGAUCACCAGGACCUGUCGGCGGAGCUGGACCCGGCGCUGCUCAUGUCCGCGUCCACGUCCUCCUCGUCGCCGCCGGACUCCGCUUCGCCCUCCUUCUCCUUCUCCCACCUGUCCCCGCCCCACUACACCCUCGCCGUCAGCAACCUCUCCUGCCCCGCGCCUCGCCGCCGCUCCUCCAUCCUGCCGUCCUUCUUGCCCUCCUGCUUCUCCAUCUCCCCGGCCACCGAUGUCGGCGGCAGCGGCGAGGGGUUGCUGAAGUCCGUGUCCUUCACCGCCUCCAGCUCCAACAUCCUCGCCGUGGUGGGCCCCAGCGGCGCCGGCAAGUCGACGCUGCUCCGCAUCCUGUCCGGCCGCGGCACGGGGUCCGAGAUCGCCAAGCCGGGGACGGUGUCGCUCAACGGCCACGCCGUCACCUCCCGCGCGCAGCUGCGGCGGCUGUGCGGGUUCGUCACGCAGGACGACAACCUGCUCCCGCUGCUCACCGUCCGGGAGACCAUCCUCUUUGCCGCGCGGUUCAGGCUCCGCGCCGCCACCACCGCGCGGGAGCGCCUCGACCGCGUGGAGGCGCUGAUGCAGGAGCUGGGCCUGUCCGAGGUAGCCGACAGCUACGUCGGCGGCGGGGACGGCUGCGGGGCGACGGCGGCCCGCGGCGUGUCUGGCGGCGAGCGGAAGCGGGUGUCAAUCGCGGUGGACAUCGUGCACGACCCGCCGGUGCUGCUGUUGGACGAGCCCACGUCGGGUCUGGACAGCCGGUCGGCCGUGGACGUGCUCGCGCUGCUGCACGAGGUGUCCCGCGCGCGGCGGCAGGUGGUGGUGCUCAGCAUCCACCAGCCCAGCUACCGCAUGCUCGGCUACAUCUCCUCGCUGCUGCUCCUCUCCCGCGGCGCCGUCGCGCACUCCGGCACGCUCAAGUCGCUCGAGGACGCGCUGGCGCGGCUGGGCAACAAGAUCCCCAUGCAACUCAACCCGCUGGAGCUCGCCAUGGAGGUCACCGGCGAGCUCGAGGAGGACCACCGCCGCGCCCGGUUCCCCGCGCUCGCCGCGCAGCACGGCGAUCACCACGACGACGAGGAUGCGAUGAGCCUCCUCAACAGCAGCGCCCGGCUCGACGUCCCCGACCGUGGCUACUGCAGCCGCGUCACGGAGGUCUCGGCGCUGACCGUGCGCUGCUGGCGCACCAUGUACCGCACGCGGGAGCUCUUCGCGGCGCGCGCCGCGCAGGCCGUGGUGGGCGGGCUCGGCCUCGGCAGCGUCUACUUCCGGCUCAGCCCCGACAACCCGGACGGCGUGGCGCUCCGGCUGGGCCUCUUCGCCUUCACCCUGUCCUUCCUCCUCUCCUCCACCGUGGAGGCCCUGCCCAUCCUCCUCCACGAGCGCCGCGUGCUGAUGCGGGAGGCCUCGCGCCGCGCCUACCGCCUCUCCUCCUACGUGGUGGCCAACGCGCUGGUCUUCGCGCCGUGCCUCCUCGCCGUGUCUCUCCUCUUCUCGGGGCCCCUCUACUGGCUGGCGGGCCUCCGCGCGGCGCCGCUCGGGGCCUUCGCCUUCUUCGUGCUCGCCGUCUGGCUCAUCGUGCUGAUGGCCAGCUCCCUGGUGCUCUUCCUCAGCGCCGUGUCGCCGGACUUCGUGCUGGGCAACGCCCUCAUCUGCGUGUUCCUGGGCGUCUUCUUCCUCUUCUCCGGCUACUUCAUUCCCAGGGGCAGCAUCCCGAGGUACUGGGCGUUCAUGUACUACGUGUCCAUGUACAGGUACCCGCUGGACCUGCUGCUCAUCAACGAGUACGGGGGCGGCGCGAGGGGCAGGUGCGUGGCGUGGGUGGGGGGGAACGGCGGCGUGUGCUUGCGGACCGGGGCCGACGUGCUCAGGGACAGGGGCAUCGACGAGGGGAUGAAGUGGGUCAACGUCGGGGUCAUGCUGGGGUUCUUCCUGCUGUACAGGGUCAUGUGCUGGGCCGUGCUCGUCAGGAGGGCCUCCAAGACCACCCUGUGAUGUGAUGGCAUCGCUUCUCUUCAGGGUUUCGAUGGUUCAGUCAGGGGAAGACCUGUACUCUGUUUCAGCAGGCAUUGUCUUCUGUUUCGAGGUGACUAGCUGAUUAAAUGAUAUUGGUUCAUGUAAUAUCCCUGUAUUGUAUUCCUCUUUUUUUAUUAUCUUUGGGUUAUCUUUUGGAGUUGGUGUUAACUAAGAAAUGUGAUGUUAAUCUUCGGUAAUAAACCAGUUCAUUUAGUGAAAA